UUGCUUCCCCCGGCCUCCCGGCCUCCUCCUCCUGCUGGUGAGAGAGUGUGAGAGGCAGACGGCGAGAGGGAGCAGCUAGCGGGCACUGCCGGAGCCCGCAGCCCUGGCGCCCGCCGCCGACCGGAUCCCCGCAAUAUGCCGCCGCAGCCCUCUGGCUCUCGGCCAUGGCGAGGCUCAGCCGGCGCGUCCCUUGCACCCUGCUCCUUGGCCUGGCCGCGGUGCUGCUGAAGGCGCGGCUGGUCCCCGCGGCCGCCAGAGCAGAGCUCAGCCGCUCGGAUCUCAGCCUCAUCCAGCAGCAACAGCAGCAACAGCAGCAAAGGCAGCGGGAGGAGGCUGAGGAGCAGAAGGCAGAGGUGCCUGGGGCAUCCUCCACCGUCACUGUUCCAGUGUCUGUAUUUAUGCUGAAAGUCCAGGUGAAUGACAUCAUCAGUCGUCAGUACCUGAGUCAAGCAGUUGUAGAAGUAUUUGUAAACUACACAAAAACAAAUUCCACAGUAACUAAAAACAAUGGAGCAGUGUUGAUAAAAGUACCGUAUAAAUUAGGACUCAGCCUAACCAUUAUUGCUUACAAAGAUGGCUAUGUGUUGACACCUCUGCCUUGGAGGACCGGAAGAAUGCCAAUAUAUUCAUCAGUUACACUUUCACUGUUUCCACAAAGCCAAGCAAAUAUAUGGCUAUUUGAAGACACUGUUUUAAUUACUGGAAAAUUAGCUGAUGCCAAAUCUCAACCAAGUGUUCAGUUUUCAAAAGCCUUAAUUAAACUACCCGACAACCAUCACAUUAGCAACGUUACAGGCUAUCUUACAGUUCUGCAACAGUUUUUGAAAGUGGACAAUUUUCUGUAUACAUCUGGAAUUACUCUUGAUAAGUCAGGUUUUGAAAGCAUUGAAUUGAUUCCUCUUGCUGCAAUAUGUGUGAAAAUAUACUCUGGAGGAAAAGAAUUAAAGGUGGAUGGCUCUAUUCAAGUUUCUCUCCCGCUUCUACAUACAAAUGAUAUAAGUGCAGGGGAUCACAUACCUGCCUGGACAUUUGAUAUGAACACAGGUACUUGGAUAAAUCAUGGUCGGGGACUGGUCAAGGAAUAUAAUAAUCAUUUAAUUUGGACAUAUGAUGCACCACAUUUGGGCUACUGGAUAGCAGCUCCACUUCCAGGAACUAGAGGUUCAGGUAUAAAUGGAGACUCAAAGGACAUAACCGCCUACCACACAGUGUUUCUUACAGCCAUAUUAGGAGGAACAAUAGUCAUUGUCAUUGGAUUUUUUACUGUGCUUCUUUGUUACUGCAGGGAUAAGUGUGGUACUCCACAGAAAAGAGAAAGAAAUAUCACUAAACUUGAGGUCCUCAAAAGAGACCAGACAACUUCAACAACACACAUAAAUCACAUUAGUUCAGUCAAAGUUGCAUUAAAGGCUGAAGACAAGUCACAGUUAUUCAAUGCCAAAAACACUUCCUAUAGCCCUCAAAAGAAGGAAUUAUCAAAGGCAGAAGCAGAAGAAAGAGUUUCCAUGGUAAAAACUCGGGACAAUUUUAAAAUCUACAAUGAAGAGAUUUCAUUUCUGUCAACCAAUCAAAAUAAUUACUCAAGAAACCCACCACAGUCCUUGGAGUCCAAUGUAGGGUCCAAGCAACCUAAACAUAUUAACAAUCUAUCUUCGUCUCUAGGUGAUGCUCAAGAGGAAAAGAGGUAUCUCACAGGUAAUGAAGAGGUAUAUGGACAUUCUCACAUUCCUGAACAGCUUAUGCAUAUCUACAGCCAGCCCAUCGCCAUCCUUCAAACAUCUGACCUUUUCUCCACUCCAGAGCAGUUACACACUGCUAAGUCGGCUACUUUGCCAAGAAAGGGACAGUUAGUCUAUGGCCAAUUGAUGGAACCAGUAAAUAGAGAGAACUUCACACAGACAUUGCCCAAAAUGCCAAUGCAUUCUCACGCACAGCCCCCAGAUGCCAGGGAAGAGAAUAUCCCACUCGAAGGUCAACAGAGCUUGCCGUCCCAAACUUCAGAUUGGAGCCGGUAUUCAAACAGCUUACUAGAAUCUGUUUCUGUUCCUGGAACACUAAAUGAAGCUGUUGUAAUGACCCCCUUUUCAUCAGAGCUUCAAGGAAUUUCAGAACAGACCCUCCUGGAGCUGUCCAAGGGAAAGCCCUCCCCUCAUCCCAGAGCCUGGUUUGUGUCUCUUGAUGGAAAGCCAGUUGCACAAGUGAGGCAUUCCUUUAUAGACCUGAAAAAGGGCAAGAGAACCCAGAGCAAUGACACGAGUCUGGACUCUGGGGUGGACAUGAAUGAGCAUCACUCAAGUAGAAAACUCGAGAGGGAGAAAACUUUCAUCAAAAGCAUGCAUCAGCCUAAGAUUCUUUACUUAGAAGAUUUAGACCUGAGCAGUAGUGAGAGUGGAACCACUGUUUGUUCCCCCGAGGACCCAGCUUUAAGGCACAUUCUAGAUGGCGGGAGUGGCGCUAUCAUGGAGCACCCUGGGGAAGAGUCCCCAGGAAGAAAAAGCACUGGUGAAGAUUUUGAAGCCAAUACGUCCCCUACCAAAAAAAGGGGCAGACCACCACUAGCCAAAAGAGAUAGCAAAACUAAUAUCUGGAAGAAGCGAGAGGAACGCCCACUGAUCCCUAUAAAUUAACACUAAGGAUAGUUACGUCUUUGCUGUCUCUUGCAGUUUAUUCUUGCUUCUUGUAAAUUGCAGUACGGACUUCUUAAGAAGGUGAGACUGAGCAAUCUCAUGGCCCCUGGACAUGUCUCAAGCAGAGUAAAUAAUAAAAUGGUAAUUCAGUAAUGAGAAAGAUACUAAGGAUACUUUUUCUGACCUGUUGUUUAUUUUUAGGUGAUGAAUUUGAAGUAUCCAAAAGUUCAAAAUGUAAAAUAGCUUCAAGAUGUUAGUUAUCUGAAAAUGUUGCUCAGUCAGCCAAUUUGGCCUUCUCUUAAGAAUCACAUUGUUAAAACUGAACUCCUACAUUUGCCUCCAAAAAUGUUGCCUCUGCUUUGAUGAAACAUUUAGAAAUGAGGCAUAUUUUUGUGAAAUGAUACUAUUAUGUUCUCCACUGCCGGUACUCGAAAAUAACUUGAUAAAUGUCCUGGAUUGAUGUAAUUCUAGAGUUUAAAGGCCAAACAACUUUUUUUUUUCUGUAAUAAACAGCAUGUGUAUUGUAUCAACCCCAAAUUAAAUCACAUAAGAUGGGCAAGAAGCUACUUCGUUGUUAGAGGGAAACUCCAGCAAUUUGAUUGUUUUGAGAUAUAACUUUACAGAGUAAAUGGUAAGGUGUUAAUUUGUUAUUUAGGAAUCUGAAAAAUAAAUGAUACUGAAUUUUUAUUUUGAUUUUUUUUUCUCCUUCCUCAAAAGUGACAUGAGCUUAGCAUCAAGGAAAAUUCAAAAUAUCUGAAAAAACUCACCCAUAUCUCUCGUUAAGACCCACUGAUACAUGUAAGCUAAAAUCAAUUUUAAGAUAUUUCUUCUAUUAAAAAAAUCCUGGCACUUAAAUGCUAUUAGACUUGAUUUUAAAAAAUCAGUGAGUUGAAAGCUUCUUAUGAACACUAAAAAAUUAACAAAAUAUAUAGAGCUAAAGGAAAUAAACAUUUCAAUUUUUUUUUCUGAAAUGUCAUUGAGCUAAAAAAUAAAUGUCAAUUCCCUGAGACUCAAAAAUACCUUCAGGAUGUUAGUUAUAUCUACAAAUUUUUUCCCCAUAAAGUCUUUUAACAGUUGUAAAAGAUAUUUAAGAAAAACAGUUUCAAUUUCAUGGGAAAAGUAAGUUAUUUUCUUAAAUCACUUACAGGCUUUACCCCCCACCCCCCAAGUUUUGCAAGUAAUGUAGUCAUAUCAUUUUCAUAGCAAAAAAAUCAGUGUGAACACAUUCAACAGUUGUUUUUAAUUUUAAGUGUCUUCAACCCUGAAUUAUCAUUCAUAUGUCCUAAAAAUAAAGCUCUUUGUUAAUUGAAAUCGAUUCAUCCCAUUUUUCUUAAAAUUUCCAUGAAGGCAAAUGUCUGAAGCAGCUUCCCCUUUUCCAAGGGAGAAAAAUGAAACUAAAUUGCUUUAUUUCUCAUCCCCUACUAAUCAAUAUGGGAACACAUAAACAAGUUGAAAUAAACAAUUAGCUAUGUUAGCUUUAGUCAAAUUAUAGAGGGAUGUAUAAGAGACAACAUUUUUCCCAAGAUAGUAGACUUCAGCCAUUUUUUUUUCCUGUAACCCCUUCCGAAGCAUAUAAUAUCAGAUAACACUGCUACCCUUAUGUAUUAACCCAAAGAACUUAAAGACCAAGGCAAAAGUUUGUUAUAUUUUACUCCAGUCUAUAGAAGAGAUAAAUGUUUUGGAUAAUACCUAGGUUUACUUUCUUUGCAGGCGGAGGAUAACUGAUAAGGCCCAAAAUUAGAGGAGGCUUCUUAUUGGUCUUAUACAGAAAGAUGCAUUAGAAGAGGCAUAAAUGAAAAUGACUUGGAAAAUGUUAAGGAGUUAGUGCUCUGCUGAAGUGCCUUUGAUAUAGACUUGCUUUGUUAGAAGGAUAUGACAACAUCUUUCUUAAAUGUGCAUUUUCUUUCUGUUAGCCAAAUUAAGCAGAUGUGCAGUUUUUAUUAAAAAUAUAGACUUAGUGUUUCAUGUUGGAACAAUGAAUUUUGCAUGCAAGUUACAUUUAUCUCUUUUUUGAAUCCAGUGUAUAUUGAUGUAUUAUGUUGGAAUGAAGUUAGAAACUAUACAGCAAAAUGUACUUCUUCAAUAUUUCAAGUGUAUAUUUCUCUCACCUUUAAGUAAAAAUGUGUCAUCUCUGCUUAGUAAUGGAAUGCACAUGUUGAAAUAAGGGGAUACCAUUCAGGUAUGCCACUUACUCAUUCUUGUGUAAAAGAAAUGAGAGGCUGUAUCCCAAGGGCUUUUCUAGAAUACAUUUUUGGGUUUCAGAAUAACACCUUAUUUUUUAUACACUGCACAUUCUGUUCUCAAUUGGGAGGUAUAGGCAAUUUAUCUUUUCUAAUGAUUAAAAAUGUGUAAUUUCUCAUUUGUGAGUUCACAAAUUUCCUGUUAAAAAGCUGAAGCCAUCAAUUUUUUCUUAAGUGAUAAUGAACCUACAAUAUUCACAGCUUUCUUAAAUUUUUAAAUUGAAAACCAGCCCAGUUUUUUGCAAAUGUAAACCUAGAGAAUUUUGGUCGCAAAUUAUUAACAUUUGUGGAUCCUUUGUAUAUACUUUGGAUAUAUCUUAAAAGCAAAAUUAUCCCUCAAUUAACUGCUGGAUUCAUUUACUAAAGCACAGCUAUAUGCAUUUUUGAAUACAUAUUAAGAUCUUGAGACUUUAUAAAAUCCAUUUUUAUGACAUUUAUGCAGGUGUAUAGGGAUUACACCCUUUUAUAAUGCACAGUAUACCAUGAAAGUCACAAAGGUUGAGGAAUAAAAGCACUUCUUUGCUUUGGCAAUCAUUUUCAGAUCACUUUCUCUGUGUUUGAAUCCUCUGGUAUCAAUGCAUAUUAGAGAGUUUUAGGCAUCUGUGGGUCAAAUAAUGUCCCUCAAAACUUCCCAGAAAGGUGAAGCUCAAAGUUACAUAUUAAUUUAUAGAGAAUGAGUUGCAUUUCCUCAUGUACUAUCUUUGUAAAGAACUUGACCAUGUUAAUUUCCAUCUCAGACCUAGAGUUGACAUUUUGCCCUCUUGUUUCCAAGUGUUUCUGUCUUUUGUAUUGUUUCAUCAGAGGAAUCUCAAAUUUCAGUGUAUAUUUAUUGUCAUUACUACAUUUACUGCUGAAACUGUAACAAUCUGAAGAUUUGUAAAAUGUUAAACAUAGUUCAUUAAAGAUAAUAAAAAUAAAUCAAACUGUA